CUGACUGCUCUUGGCGCCUUGCUUUGCAGUACCUGGUGUGCAAGAGAAAGCUGGAGAGCAAGAAGGAGGCGCUGCUGAUCCUGUCCAAGGAGCUGGACACCUGCCAGCAGGAGAGGGACCAGUUCAAGCUCAUGGCCAAUCAGCUUCGAGAACGCCACCAGUCCCUCAAAAAGAAGUACCGGGAGCUGAUCGAUGGAGAUCCGUCACUUCCCCCUGAAAAGAGGAAACAGGCUAAUCUUGCACAACUACUGAGAGAUUCUCAGGACCGAAACAAACAUCUGGGAGAAGAAAUCAAAGAACUUCAGCAAAGGCUUGGAGAGGUCCAGGGUGACAAUAAGCUCUUGAGGAUGACAAUCGCCAAACAGAGGCUUGGGGACGAAGAGAUUGGCGUACGGCACUUUGCAGCCCACGAGCGUGAAGAUUUGGUGCAGCAGCUGGAGCGGGCUAAGGAGCAGAUCGAGUCCCUGGAGCAGGACCUGCAGGCCUCGGUGGACGAGCUCCAGGACGUGAAGGACGAGCGGGCUUCCUACCAGAACAAGGUGCAGCGGCUGAACCAGGAGCUCAACCACAUCCUGGGCGGCCACGAGAACCGCAUCAUCGACGUGGACGCUCUGUGCAUGGAAAACAGGUACCUUCAAGAGAGACUAAAGCAACUCCACGAAGAGGUGAACCUCCUGAAAUCCAACAUUGCCAAAUACAAGAACGCUCUUGAGAGACGGAAAAACUCAAAGGGCCAGGGCAAAUCCAGCAGCAGCGCUCUGACCGGAGUCCUGUCUGCGAAGCAAGUUCAGGACCUGCUCUCCGAGGACCACGGAUGCAGUCUCCCCGCUACUCCGCAGUCCAUUUCUGACCUGAAAUCUCUGGCAACCGCCCUGUUGGAGACGAUCCACGAGAAAAACAUGGUCAUCCAGCACCAGAGGCAAACCAACAAAAUCCUAGGGAAUCGUGUGGCUGAGCUGGAGAAAAAACUAAGAACUCUGGAAGUUUCUGGUUUGUGGAGUCUUCCAGGCCUGAGCUACAAUGUUUCCGUGGGACUCGGGAGAGGCAAGGACACCCUACUGUUCAGCGACCCUGCUCUUCCCACCACACAGAGGUCAAGAUCCCCCCUGCUGAAGUUUGUUGACCAGCCCACAGAGACCAGAGUGAACCCCAAGGAUGGGGAGGCUCAGAAGCAAGAAGGAGACGAAAGCCUGGCCGCCGCCGCCACCGGGGUGUUGACAGCGGACGCCGCCGCGAGGCCCGCUGUCAGCUCCCCAGCAAAUCCGACCCCCGGGAACCCGCGAGAGCAUCCUUCACUACCCCAGGUACCUUCUGCGGAAGGAGAAGCAAACAGGCUUGGAAGGGAAAUCAUUAAACUGACAGAGGAACAGGCUGAACUGGAAGAGGCCAGGAGAGAGAGUCCCACCGAGGGCCGGAGGAGCGAGCCGGGGCUGUCCCCGCAGGGCCUGGCCUCCGCGGGGGAGCUCUCCACGUCUCCCCUGGUCAGCCUGGAGGACCCCAAGCCAGUGGCCGAGGACUCCACACGGGAAGACGGCGAAGGGGUCCCGGAGGGUGGGGACACCAAGAGCGCCGUGCCAACUUGAGAGGGAUCGGGUCCGACGGGAUGGCACACUGGAGGCACCGGGUAAGGGAAGGAGGGGACGUCCAACACGCUCUCGGGCCGCUUUCCCCUGAGACACCUCCGCGUGUGCACACGAGAAAACCCUGCUCCCGCUGCAAACUGGGCACGUUCCCAUGAUUUAUUCCACCGGAGCUUCUCGGCGCCAUCUCUUUCUGCGAAGACGCGCUGCUGUGACAUGUGACACGGCCGGGCGCGGGGAUCGUGGCUGCCAUAGGGCUGGUUGGCGGCAUCCAUCUUUCUGUCGGCAUUUGUUUUAUUCGAGAUCAGAUGUUUUUCUAUUAACAUUUAAUGUUGUCGAUCAAAAUUAUGGGGAAGAGCUGGGAAGGGACGGGUUUUAAUCAGGCCUCCGUCGAGGUAGUGGCGAGGCGGCCGGAGGGAGAGGUGUAAUUGAGUGUAAUGUGUCCACGGGGCCCUCGGCUGCACUCCAUCACGUCGGGGCCCCAGGACCUCGCAGCGUGGGUGUUCCUGGCUUCCCGCAGCAGCACUGUCUGUCACCGGCCGACUGGCAGGCGAAGGGGACUUGGGCGGGCUGAGAAGGCUGGCUUCUGGUUUGGAAUCCACAGCCUGCGAGGCUGAAGGAUUAAUUGAUCUCAAGUGAAGGAGCCGGAAGGAGGGGAAGGGGCAGGGGACCCCAGCCGUGCUCUGACGUUUGUUUCUGGGGUGAGAUGAGGGCUAGAUCUAGAAAUGAUGGCCUCCCUAUUCGGCAUGUGCUGCCUACCUGCUUUGAUUGCCUUUGGGGGCUGGGGAAGAGCUGCUGCUUAUGGGUCAGUCUAGUUUCCUGGACCAGCCCUUCACACCUUCAGAACACUCAGGCCACUGCCCCUGUGCCACCAGAUGCUGGGGUUUUAGAGACAAGACAGAGCCCAUGGCCCUACAGGGCAAGAGAGAGGAACCACCAUGACUUCACUACAGCGCCGAAGCCCACGGACAGGACUGAGAACCAAGUGUACAAGGUCAAGGACACAGAAAGAGGGAACAGUCCCUCCCCACACACACCACCCCAGCUGCUACUUUCCUUGGGGAUGAAAUGAGCCUUUCCAGGUGGACCAGAGCUUCAAGAAAUUGCAGAGCAUCAGCCCACAGACCCUUCUCUGAACUGGGCUGGGUUCCUCUCCCCAGGAUGGUCCAGUGCCGCAUCCCAAAGCUCAGAACCCCUCAGAACCACAGUCACUCUUUUGAAACGCCCCCUGCAGGGAAAAGAGAGCCUCCCAAGGUGGCAGGGCUUGGAAAUUCAUCCUAAGAAACCAAAGCUUGUUCCAGGACCAUGGCCCUGGGUGGGAAACCUGUACAGGUGUCCAGCCCCGGCCUGCACUUCCUGUGGUUUUCAUCUCCUGUGACCCUCCUGGCUGAAUGACAGCCCAUCGGAUAUUGUACUGCCUGACUCUGAAGGAGGAAGGAGUGCAACCAGAAGGGCCCACUGUGUGGGCCUCCAGCUGCUUCCCUCCCACUCACCAGAGGUCACCCCCCUUGAGAAAUGAGAGGGUCCUGGAGUCAGUACCCUGUUGCCCCUUGGGACAAGGACACGUCCUCAGUCCCUGACUGCAGAGCCCCCAGUGUUCCAUCCCUGCCUCUGUGUUCCAGUCUGUCCAUCACCCCUCAGACCUACCCCAUAACUCCUGCUCAGGGGAGGUGGCUUCUGCAGCUCCGAAGCUCACACAGGCCAGCAGUCAAGAACUUCUCUGGAUUGGGCCUCAACUACUGCACAGGACACCAGAGCCACCAAAGGAACACACAACCAGAUUUAAUACAAUAAUAACAAAAAGAAAAAUUUUGCCACACAGAAGUUCUGGUGUUGACACACAGUUAGCCAAGUGUUUAUCUUUAAGGCCUCGUUCAUCACCUUUUGGAAAGCUGGGCUUAUGAUAAACUCUAACACAUGUCAUCAGGACCAGAAAGCUCUGGGAGCCCCAGAGAGCCUGGGCUUUGGGGAGAUGGGGACAAAGGGAGCUUUGACUUAAAUUCUCUGUGUACAGUUAGCUUGGGAGGGUCAUGUGUUAUUAGGUAGACCAGGAGCCAGUGAGUUAGGACCCUGUCACAUAGGAUCCAAGUCCAACAUGCCAUUCAUAUGUGUGUGUGACACUAUGUCCCCUCCAACACUAUUCAUCUGUCCCUCAGACAUUAAAAGGAGCAUCAGCAAUUUCUUGUGGUUGUCUGCCUGUCUUCUUAAGAGUUGUUGGGAAAGUUUGUGGCAUUCUUGUCCCCACUCCACCAGAUGACCCCACACCAAUCAUGGUUCUCUCAGCAGCAAGUCACCCUUACAGGAAUGUCAACAAGAGGGAAGGGAGUUCUCUUGCGUAACAAGGACCUCUGAAGUGGGGCACUCCAGGGCUGGUUCAUUCCAGAAAGUCAGCGGCCAUCUGGGUUUCCAUGUCCCUGGUUCACGUUCCCCAUGAUAAACAAGACAGCUGCGCCAGCCCCAGGGAUCACCUGCUGCCACAUGUGUCCCAGGGCAGAAGGAAGUUUCUCCCCACAUAUGCAGGUGGGUGCUUUAGGAACAAGGAACCCAGUUCCUGCCACAUUUCAUUGGUCAGAAUCAUCACAUACCACCUAACCCAGUCACAUGCCUAUGUCUGCACCAGUCCCUGGCAAGGAGAUGGUUCUCCUGUGAUGGGGUUGAGUCCAUCCAGACUUACCCUCUGGGUUGGGGAGGAGUCUUGUCCCCAGAUGCACAGGCACAGAAGGGAUAAUAGGCCAAAGCAGACCAUGUCUUCGAAGCAUAGGAGACUUGGAAGAGAUUUAACUAGACUUUGAGCCUCACGUGUCUAGGGUUUUGCCGCUGUCCUGCUCUGUAGGCGGAGGCUCCCGCCUGUUACUCUACAGGUGUGUCUGUCCACUCAUUGUCCCAGCCGGCUUCCCUGCAGAAUGCAGAAGAGUCUGGAUAAAUGCAGCUGAGCUGGCCGUUCUCCUAAUGAAGGCUUCUGCCCACACUCUGCCUUCCUGGGGAUGCUAUUUCUUUCUUUUAAUUAAGGCAUGUGGAGAUGGAUCGGUGUUUGUAAACCAGGCAUUUCCCAUCCAGAUUCCUUCCUGUUCCACACUCCUCCUGCCCACCUGCCACCCUCUUCCCCUGCCUUCUCCCACAGCUUGCCCCAGGACCACCGGCCAGAGACCUGCAUGGCCUCCGCUCCCAAACACAUAUCCCCAUCCCCGUGGCAAAUUCUAGAACCAGGCUCUGCCAUCAGCCAUUCGCACUUUGGAGUGGAUUUUCCCAUGAGUUCUUCCACUGGGAGCGUUUGCUCCCUGCUGAUCAUACGGCAUGGAAAGUUCUGUUUCCUCUUGAAGGAACUUCAAAGGCCAGAUGCUUGCUUAUUGAGGGCAUCUUUCCUGGCUCUUUACAAUGACAGUUUCCCUUGUCCCUCUGGCUGUCUUGCUCCUACAGCACUGUGGGUGACGGCACCUACUUCUCUUCAGAUAAGUCUUUAUCUGAGCACCUUCUCUCUCGGGUAUCAUUCUGGAAGCCUCCAUCUGGAUCAGUCCUCCUCUUUACUAACACCUAGGGUAGCUUCAGACAGCUCCAGUUAGGACUCCAAAAAGUCAAAGCCCAACUCACUGCUUUAAUACAUUCCCUUUUCCCUAAAUGUCUUUCGGCACAGAGAAAAAAAAAAUUGAAGAUCAGAGACACGCGAUCGGGAGCUCAAAGCCAAUCUAAUUAGAAAGAGAAACCAAAAAAAAAAAAACAAGAAGGCGUUGUCUCUCGAUAUUACUGAGGCUCACAAAAUAAAACAAGUUGAUACAGCAUGAAGGCAAUUUAAAGUGAUAGAUACAGAUGUGCUGUCUUACAUUUCAUAUCACCUCUUUACUAAGAGAAUUUUUCUUCUGGAUGCAGAGAGAAAGUCUGCAUAAUGCUGGAUGGCUUGAUGGAGAAUCUGUGAGCUCAGGAAUAUAUUUGGGGAUCUUAUCCAAGGCCAGUGAUAGCCUAUUAAAGUUAAAACAAUUGGCUUUUUAAUUUUUUUUAUUUAAAGAAAGAAGGAACUUCUAUUCAUGUGCAGACCUUGCUAGAUUGGGUUCUGUGAUCAUCAUGUAUCGCAACUAUAUCUUUUUUGUUACCUGAAAUAAAAAUGUGAUAAUUUUCCUGAAA